AUGAACCACAGGCUUGAAGGAGGUAUAUCUGUCUCCCAGGCCUACAUUUCGGACAUUAGCAGCCCCCAGGUUCGCGCCAAGAACAUGGGCAUGAUGGGGAGUAUGUUUGGCCUUGCCUUCAUCAUCGGACCCGCAGUGGGCGGGUUUUUGAUGUCCAAGGACCCUUGGCUGACGGUAUGGGUGGCCUUACUGGCGACGGCGGCGAACUUCAUCCUUCUGCUCUCCUUACCUGAACCCUCUACCCACUCGGCCCCUCCCAAUCUGAGAGGAGAAGGAAGCGAAAGGAAGGCAAACGUUCCCAAUCCGAAAGAAGAAGGAAGCGAAAGGAAGGCAAAUGCCAAUGGUACCACGGCUGUCAACGGCAAGGGAAGUGUGGCAAGUAGGUCUAAAGAUGGAGUGUGGGAUUUGAUCCGACACGGCCCUCAGGGAGGGCAGGUGGCCGUGUUGCUGGCGCGCAAGGUCUUUGUCGCCAUGUCCAGCGGUAUAUUUGAGACUAGCUUUGCCAACUACGCCUCCAAGCAUUUGGGCAUGGACGGGCAGACGCUGGGACUAUUGCUGAGUUUUUUAGGUGUAGUCUCGGUCGUAAACAACGUAUUCAUCGUUCGGUGGCUGUCGAACAGUUUCCAGGAUCAUCAGCUCAUUUUCCCAGCUAUCGUAGGCCAAGCAUUUUCCACAUUUUGCUGGGGACAUGUGUACAACCUUGCCAGUUUGCUGCCUGUCUUAGCCAGCUUGACGAUAACAGGAUCCAUCUUCCAGACCUUGCUCUCCACCGAGCUUUCCACUGUCACGCCGCACGCUCUCGUGGGUACAGUAUUGGGAAUCUCUUAUGCCAUUGAGACGUUCGCGAAGAUAUUGACGCCAUUUCUGGGUGGUUACCUCCUUGAAAGACACGGUGGGCAUGCCUUAGGCUUUGUGUCAGCACUGUUUUUGCUGCCUGUUUGCGCACAUGUAGCUUUUACAGAAUUUUUUAAAGUCAGAAAGGUCGUCCAGGAGGACAAAAAGGAGAAAUAAAAGGUCGUAAUGUGUACAAAAU